UUAAGAGACAUUUCCAGCAGUGGGUCCUUCCGGGGGGGUGACAUUCAGCUGGCCGUUUGGGGCGACGGACUUUCCAUCCCAGAACCAUGGCCCAAUUUAUCCGUAACCUUGUGGAGAAGACCCCGGCGCUUGUGAACGCUGCUGUGACUUAUUCGAAGCCUCAGUUGGCCACAUUUUGGUACUACGCCAAGGUUGAGCUGAUUCCUCCCACCCCUGCUGAGAUCCCUAGAGCUAUUCAGAGCCUGAAAGAAAUAGUCAAUAGCACUCAGACUGGUAGCUUCAAACAACUCACAGUUAAGGAAGCUGUGCCGAAUGGUUUGGUGGCCACUGAGGUGUUGAUGUGGUUUUAUGUCGGAGAGAUCAUAGGCAAGCGUGGCAUCAUUGGCUAUGAUGUUUGAAGACCAAUCUUUAACAUCUGGUUAUAUUUGAUUUAUUAUUUGAGUGUUGUUGGACCACGUGUGAUCAGACUGCUAUCUGAAUAAAAUAAGAUGUGUUAAAAAAAAAAAAA